AUGGCAGAAUAUCUCACUGUAAAGGGCAGUAGCAUCACGCUGGGUGGGGAGCCGAUCUUGUUGAAGGGCGCGGCUUUGGCGGGAUGGAUGAAUAUGGAGAACUUCAUUACUGGCUACGCCGGGCACGAGUUCCAGGUGCGGGCCGAGCUGAGGAAGCGCCUGGGAGACGAAAAGUACACGUUCUUCUUUGACAAGUUUCUCGAAUACUUCUUCACUGAGGAAGACGCAAAGCUCUUCUCAAGUUUGGGUUUGAAUUGUAUUCGCAUCCCAAUCAACUAUCGGCACUUUGAGGACGACUUGAACCCAAGAGUUAUCAAGGAGUCUGGCUUCAAGCACCUCGACCGCGUGAUUGAUCUGUGCGCCAAGCACAAGAUCUACACCGUCAUCGACCUGCACGCUGCUCCAGGAGGUCAGAACAACGACUGGCAUUCAGACGCGGGCAAUCACCAAGCCAACUUUUGGGUCCAUCGUGACUUUCAGGACCGAGCUGUGAAUCUUUGGGAGCAUAUCGCAAAGCGAUACAAAGACAACACAUGGGUCGCGGGGUACAACUCCCUCAACGAGCCAACGGACGAGGAACAUACCCGCCUCCUUGACUUUUACGCUCGAGUCGAGAAGGCCAUCCGCGCGAUAGAUCCGCAUCACAUCCUCUUCCUUGACGGCAACAACUUUGGAGCAGACUUUUCGCGCUUCGCAGAGCGACCUCUAUUGCCGAAUGUGGUUUACGCUUGCCAUGACUACUCGUCGUACGGCUUUCCAUCCUUCACUGGCCGCUUCACAAGGACCGCUGAGCAAGUGGCGAAUCACGAGAAGCAGUUCAGCCGCAAAGUCGAAUUCAUGCGGUCCAUCAAUGCACCCAUCUGGAACGGGGAGUUUGGGCCGGUUUACCAGAACGCCGGCGAUGGCAAGCCCGACUGGGAAGAGAUCAACGAUUCCCGCCUGGCCGCUUUAAAGCACCAGCUCGAGAUGUAUUCGGCGGUUAACGUCUCCUGGUCAAUCUGGCUCUGGAAGGACGUUGGGUUCCAGGGUAUGGUAUACGUCAGCGAUGAUACGCCAUACAUGCGCCUUCUCAAACCGUUCAUCGAAAAGAAAAAGCGCCUCGCCGCCGACUCAUGGGGUAACGACGAUCGGCAAGUCCGUCACCUGUUCGAGCCAAUCGAAGAGUGGCUCCUGCACGAAGUGCCUGGCGUAUCGGAACGAUAUCCAAAAUUGCAGCGACCGCCGAAGCGCCCAUUGGCGCGAUUGGUUAGGGAGAUCUUGCUGUCCGAGGAGCUGGUGCACGAAUAUGGAUCGUAUUUUGAGGGUAAGACUAUGGAUGAGCUGGAUGAGCUGGCGAGGAGCUUCUCUUUAUCCAAUUGCAUCCAGCGGAGCACCUUGAACGAGUUCUUGAUGGCGGACGCAAAGCGGACGGCCUAG